AUGGCCAGGCUAGGUCGUAAACGAAAGCGACAUGAGACUCCUUCACAGUCAUCUUCGAAAGCCCUGAAGGUCUUUGUAUGCGUUGGGACUCCAAUAGUUCUUCUUCAGCUUGUCUUUGUCUUUCAAUUAAUGCACAAAUCAAAGCGGGAGGAUGACAACAACAUCGCCGCCACCACCGCCACCACCACGGCAGCAGGAGCGUCCCCUAUUAUUAUUGGCGAUGCUAAUAACGUUGCUGGCAAUAUAGCCAACCCAAGCACUGACAAUGCUCCAAGUAGUCCCGUGGGUUCGUUCAAUGGCUAUCCAAUAACCUAUCAAGAAUCACAAGACGGACUGGCGUCAUCGGUCCACUGCAUUGGAGAAUCCUACGCACCCAACCAUGUAAUCAAACGAAAAGGGCUCACCUUUGACAUGUCAUGGCAACAUCGGUCUUGCCAAUUUGAUUUCUUUUGUUACGAUUUGACUUCCCACGAAUAUGUCAUUUUUGAAGGACCGACGGAACAGGAGGCAACCACUCCUGCCUUAUUUCCGGAACAUGCGGACAUUUCGCAAUCCUACAUGAUGGUCAAUCAAACGCAUCACAUUCCAGGACUCCCCUAUGACAUUGCGAUUGGGGGUCUCAAUGGCAAAUGGACUCACGAAGGUAUGGUACGGCUGAAAUGGUACCCUACCAUUCGAAAUGAACUACCCAAGAACUUUUACGCGUUGCCGUCUGAUGUUGUCAUGAUUCCAUUUCACUCCUUGGCAUCCUUCAAUCCUGGUCAUUUGGUUUGGGACGACUUUCUUCCAAUAUACACCCUGAUGCACAUUUUUGGCAUGGAGAAACACCACUUGCUUGCCAUGAGAUACAUCCUUCCGGGCGAUGGGUUGUGGGCUUCGUGUGAUUGGAGAGAAGAUCGGAAAGAAGACUGUGCCUUUAUGCUCAAAAAGUUUGGGAAUCUCAUGGUCUCGAACCCCAAAGACGUCCUUCCAUUUUCCACCAGCAAGGAGCCACGAUUUCAAUUGCUGCCUGCUGCUGCUGCUGCUGGCGAUAAUCCGCCCCAAUCAAAUCUGGUGUGUGCUAGGCAAGGACUGGCCGGUAUGGGCUCUUUGACGGACCAUGGGACGAAAAAAGGUCAUGGAUGGGAACCAACGGAUUAUGAGAUUGUUCACAAUCAUGGAAGAGGAGGCCAACUAUGGCGCUUUCGAAACUUUAUGCUGGGCAAUUUGGGGAUUCCUGUGUCGGAUGCACCUCCUCCAACACCACUCAAGAUCAUUUUCUCCGAGGGAUCGAGCAAGGCAUCCUAUCGCAACUUUGAUUGGAAACAUCACAUUGAUGCACUGUUGGCGGCGGAUUUGGGAGAUAAUGUCAUGGUCGAAAGCUACAAGUUUUCCAAGUUUUCACUCAAGGAACAAGUGGACAUUAUCAGUCAAGCUGCUAUUUUUGUCACUGCGGGUGGUGGGGGUGCCGUGACUGCGACCUUUUUGUCGCGAGGUGCCUCGGCAAUUAUCUUUUAUGGAUCCAAUACUGGUCUCAGGAAUGGCCGAAUGUCCGGGACACCAGCUCGAUUGGACUAUGACUACUUUAACAACAUGGGGUACGUCCGAAUUCAUUGGGUUGGAAUGAAAAAGGCAGAUGCGCACGCAAUUCGGUUGGCACGGGAAAAGUCGCCAGAGCAAAUUGAGGAUAUCGAUGGUUUUAUUUCACUCAUCAAACAUGACUUGGACAUUAUUCGGAAAGAACGAAGGCAGUACGAUGCAGCAAAUCCAUCUUCACCAUAA